UAAUUGACUUUAAAAUUAAAAUGCUUUCUCUUCCACCUGAAGUUCAACUUGAUGUAUUAAAAUCUCUUAAUUUCACCCAAUUAUUCUCGUUAAGACAAGCCAAUUUUUAUUUUUGCAAUUUAAUUAAUAAAUAUGAAGGAGAACUGGCACGAAUGAAAUUUUCCUCUAUUGAUUUAGCUACUUGCUGUCCUGAUUUUUCAUGUGAAUAUACAUUCAUUGAUCCUCAAUCUGGAGUUUUUGAAAUUACUUUAAAUGACCAACUUAAGGAGAAGUGGCAAGACGCAAUAGACAAAUCAAUUCCGUUGUUUUUUGAUGGAGAGGGCGUUGAGACGUUGUAUAAAGUUUUUAUAGGGAAGAAAGCAGGUUUAAAAAUAUUUGUAUUCAAAAUAGUGACGUAUUUUUAA